UAUUACUCAAACUACAUUAUUCAAAUCUAGAAUAAUUUUUCCAAGUCAAAUAAUUUUCGUAUUCAUGUGUUCAUCAUUGGUGCAUACAUUAAAAAUAUAGUUUUUUGAACAAUACACAUACGAAUAUAUUAAAAUAAAUAAACUCUUUACUUGCUCAAAGCUGUUUCAAGUAUAACUCAAAUUUGUAGAAAAUUUGAAAAAAAAUCUUUCUUUGAACCAUCAGGAAUUAAACUGAUUUGUCUCUAUAAUAUCCUUGACAAUUUUUUUUUCAAACUGUUAAGUAUCAUAGCUUUUUAAAUAUCAUCAUUAAUCUAUCUCAAUGAAAAAUGAAAAACCACGAAUGCUUCGAAGUGGCAAGUCUUUUAGACUACAAAAAUAUCUGAUGAGGCUCAUUGAUACAGUUCAUUUAAAGAUCAAGUGGUGUAAGUGGUUGAAACAUAUGAAUAGUGAUUUUAAAAGAAGAGCAGCAAAAAUCAGUGUUAUCGAAGAGCAAUAAUUAUUUUAUGAGGAAGCUCUUUGUCAAUGUAUUUAUUUUGCUUGAAAUUAUUGUACAACGACUUUUUAAAUUCCUGUGUAGAUUCGAUCGACACUUCGACGAGGCGUUGAAUUCGCCCGAAUUAAAGGCGCAUUACAAGAAGUACGAGCGCGAGUUUAAUUACGUGAAGAAUAAAACCGACGCCAAUUGGAAAAAGCCACUGAUGUCUAUGUUCUUCCUGCACAAUCACCUCAAAGCCAUCAUGAGCAUGGGACUGCCCUUGCCCGAAUGGUCUGCACCGGUGAUCGAUUCGCUGGAGGAGCUGACCAACAUAACUUAUCACGCGAUGAUACACACGCCGUCCUUGGUGAGAAUGACGGCCGGCCCGACGAUAGAGAAGAUGCUGAGCAACAUGCUGGGCAACGACAAGGAGAGAAAGAUAUUUUUGUACAGCGCGCACGACGUGAACGUGGCGCACAUUCUGAGGGCGCACCGGAUCACGACGGCGCCGCCGCUGGCGGAUUUCACCUCGGCCGUCGUCGUGGAGAAGUACAGCAAUUCGCGAAACGAGUCGUUCGUGAAGAUGCUGUAUUGGACGGGUCCGUCGGAAGAGCUGAUCACCCUGACGAUUCCGAGCUGUGGUCAAUUCUGUCCGUUGGAGAAGUACGCAAGACUGGUGGAGAACGUUCUGCCGGACGCGUUGGAUCGGGAGUGCACAGUUUGGAAGGAUUGCUCGGACAAGCAGACCGGAAUGCUUUAUAGCUUGGCUAAAAAAACGAAGAACGAAAUAAAGAAAUUGAGAAAAUGAUUUUUAAUUUAUAGCGAAA